CUCACAUUAAUCUCAUCAUAAAAGUUUAACUUAGCAGCCAAAGCGAAAACCAAAGGAGGAAACAAUAAGAAGAAGGAAAAAAACAUUUUGAAAAUCAGCUCGACGCUGUAACCAACCAACUGAAUCCUCAGCUCCAUUCUUUCUCCUUCAGGUCGCUAAUCGCCAUUCAAGUACAAAGGAUUUUCUUUUUUUGUUCCCCAAAGUGCCCUCGCAUUCUCGUUUAUAUGCUGAAUUCGAAAUCUUUUUCAAGAUAGGCCAAAACGCGGCGGCCGCCUCCUCCAAGAUUUGAAACAUGAUUGUCAGGACGUACGGGCGCCGGAACAGGGGGAUCACGAGAACGUAUUCGGACACGAUAGACACCGACGACGACGUCGCUUUGGACGAUCCAUUUAGAGACUCUUUUUCUCUUUCCCAAGAUACCCCUCAAGAUUUGUGUAGUUUUCCAUUCUUGGCCUCUCAAGAUUCGUCUCCGCUUUCAUCUUCCCAAGAACCCGACUACAGCAAUAAUUCAGUUCAGAUUUUGCCUUCGACCUCAACAAGACCCCUAUUUACCAAUACUGAAGACGGUGUCGUUGGUGGGAGGUCAAAGAAGCAAAAGAAGGGGAGCUCUGAGCCGUUGAUCUCGGCAACUUCGACGUUGAUGGAGGCGCAGGAGUUUGGAGAGAUGAUGGAGCACGUUGAUGAAGUUAAUUUCGCUAUUGAUGGGUUAAAGAAAGGGUCUCAGCUGAGAAUCAGGAGGGCUAGUUUGUUGUCUUUGUUGUCGAUUUGUGGCACCGUUCAACAAAGAAGGCUUCUGAGAACUCAGGGGUUGGCAAGGACUAUAAUUGAUGCUAUUUUGGGUCUCAGCUUGGAUGACUCACUUAGCAAUUCAGCUGCUGCUGCACUUCUGUACAUUUUGACUAGUGAUGGUCAAGAUGAUCACCUCUUGGAAUCAGAAAGCUGCAUUCGAUUUCUAAUUAAUCUGUUGAAGCCAGUCAUUUCUACUGUUGCCGAAGACAAAGCACGAAAAAUAGGUUCUAAGCUUUUGGCGUUACGUAAGGAUGCUGAUAGCAUACAAGAUGCAACUAAAACCUUAGAUUCUAUUUUUGCCAUUCUUUCCAAAGUUGAAAAAAUCCUUGUCAGUUGCAAGGAAAUGAAAUUAAGCUAUGGAGAUGAUGAUGGAACAAGGAGGCCUGAGGUAAGCCCAAAAUGGAUGGCUUUGUUAACAAUAGAGAAGGCUUGCUUAUCUAAGAUCUCUUUUGAAGAGGCCACUGGUACAGUGAGGAAGAGGGGGGCCAACUUUAAAGAAAAGUUGAGAGAAUUGGGAGGACUUGAUGCAGUCUUUGAAGUCAUCAUAAAUUGUUAUUCUUUUAUGGAGGGUUGGAUAAAACAUAGUUCACCUUCUAUUCAGACUGCAAAGCGUAAUCUGGACCUGCAGAGCCUUGUGUUGCUUUUAAAAUGUCUGAAGACCAUGGAAAAUGCUACUUUCCUAAGUAAAGAUAAUCAGAGUCAUUUGCUUGGAAUGAAAGGGAACUUAAAUUCUAGUGGGCCUCGGCAGUCUUUUACGGAAAUUGUUAUAAGUGUCAUCAAGUCUCUCUCAGAUCUUUAUCUACAUAGAGGUUCAUCCACCACUGCUAAUGAUAAGUCAUAUAAUUUGUCUGAUGUGAAUGGGACUGGUUGCGCAUCUGAAUUGGCUGCAGCUAUUGACUGUAAAGAGAACAGCAAUGAGGUUAUAUUCAUCAGUUCUUCUAAAAGUUGCUCUAGUACUGAGUUGAUUUCUUCUGAAAAGAGCUUCCAUGUAUCUCAGAACAGUCUGGGGUUAUCCACUGAUCUUUUAGGCCAUUCUGAAUCCAAUUCUGGGACCACAACUACAUUGAUGAAUGACAGUUGCAUUCUGAAGAUGAGAUCCCUUUCUUCCCUGUCCACAUCAUGUAGUGGGACACGUCGGAGUUCUGAUAUUGAAAGACCUUUAAUUGUUAAUGGUUCAAGGACAAAAUUUGGUUCUGCAGAGAGUCCUAAUGGUGGAAAAGAUGACAAGUGUGGACUUUUUGAGGAUAAUGAAGAUCCUUUUGCAUUUGAUGCAGAUGAUUUUGAGCCCUCAAAGUGGGACUUACUAUCUGGGAAACAUAAAAAGCCUCAAAGUAAAAAGAGCGGGGUAAUGUGCAGAGAUUUUGAAGAUGGUUGUCAAUAUCGAACGAUGAUGAGCCAACCACAAUCAAGAAAUGGGGAAAAUCACCAACUUUGCACAACUAAUGGGCUAAAUCACCAACCAUCAGGUAAUGGAGGAAAUCACUUUUCACAAGAAAGCUCAUGUUCACAUGACAUUGAUGAAGAGAAUUCCACACUUUUAGCUGAUUGCCUUCUCACAGCCGUCAAGGUUCUCAUGAAUUUAACAAAUGACAACCCUGUUGGCUGCCAACAAAUUGCUGCAUGCAGAGGUCUGGAGACCAUGUCUUUGUUGAUUGCCAGGCACUUCCCCUCAUUUAGCUCAUCUCUGUCACCUUUCAGGAAUAGUUAUGAGUUUACCGGUCUGGAUGAUAGGCCUAUGACUGAUCAAGAGUUGGAUUUCCUUGUUGGUAUAUUGGGUCUGCUGGUGAAUUUGGUAGAAAAAGAUGGACUUAACAGGUUGCGGCUUGCGGCAGUCAGAGUUCCAAUUCCUAAUUCAGAAGGGUUAGAAGCAGAGAGUCACAGGAAUGUAAUUCCGCUGCUGUGUUCAAUCUUUCUUGCUAACCAUGGCGCUGGUGAUGUAGUUGGAGAAGGAAAUGCAGGUGAUGAAGCUGGGGAUGGAGACGCAGUGCCUUGGGAUGCUGAGGAAGCAGUUCUACAAGGAGAGAAAGAAGCAGAGAAGAUGAUUCUGGAAGCUUAUGCAGCACUGCUAUUGGCGUUUCUUUCAACUGAAAGUGCGGAUAUACGUCGUGCAAUUGCUGAAUGUCUUCCAAACCACAAUCUGGCAAUUUUGGUACCCGUGCUGGAAAGAUUUGUGGCAUUUCAUCUAACAUUAAACAUGAUCUCGGAGGAGACUCAUAUUGCUGUGAGUGAAGUAAUUGAAUCAUUAAGAGUGACGUGAGAACGCAAGAAAAGGAUAUUUUGUACAGCCUGUUUGCAUUUGCAGACUAUAAUGCCCAUGGCGAUGGCAUUGCUGCAUCUUCACAAACAUAAUACUAUGACCACCGGCCUGCAGUUAUAAUCUGAUCUACCCUUUUGUUGGCUUCCCCCCUUUUUGCCUUUUUGAUCCUUCUUGUUUUUUGCAUUAUUCUUUGUAGCUAUUUUGUUAUUGUCUUGAUGUAGGCUGGGACACUUCUUUACCAAAAAUGAUAGCAAAAUGAAACUUGCUUUCAUCUGUGCGUUGUCUGUAUAUUAUCAGCAGUUGUGAUACAGUUCUCUUGCUUUUGGCAAUUUUGCUUAUUUUUUGCCCAA